GUGCCGUCGGCGCAUUGAAUCUGAAUCUGAAUCUGACGCCGGCCACGCUGCUCAUGAAAAUGGCGCGAACGCCGCAUCUGAAGUCCAGUUUCUCGAUAAAUGCCAUAUUGCCGGAGACGGUGGAGCAGGAUGAGCAGCGGGCGCAGGAGGACCAACAGCAGGCGGCACAAAAGUUUAACAACAACAACAACAACAACAACAAUAACAAUAGCUCACCGCUGGGCUCGGAGCCGGACAGCGACGUGGAAUCGGAUUUGGAUGUGACCUCCAUGUCGCCAGCGCCGCCCGCCGCCGACGACGAACCAGAUGAUGAAGAUGCGGAUGCGGAUGCAGAUGCAGAUGCAGAUGUAGAUGCAGAGGCGGAUGGAGAUGGCGAUGCCGAUGAGGAUGUGGAAUGUGAUAACGAUUCGGAGACGAAAUCAACGGACGGCAAACCCAUCAAGGAUAAGAAGGGCAACGAGAAGCCGCCGUAUAGCUACAAUGCGCUCAUCAUGAUGGCCAUCCGGCAGAGCCAGGAGAAACGGCUGACACUGAAUGGCAUCUACGAGUACAUCAUGACCAAUCAUCCGUAUUAUCGGGACAACAAGCAGGGCUGGCAGAACUCCAUCCGGCACAAUCUCAGCCUGAACAAGUGCUUUGUGAAGGUGCCGCGACACUACGAUGAUCCCGGCAAGGGCAACUACUGGAUGCUGGAUCCAUCCGCGGAGGAUGUCUUCAUUGGCGGCUCCACCGGCAAGCUGCGACGUCGCACCACCGCCGCCAGCCGUUCCCGCCUGGCUGCCUUCAAGCGCUCCCUCAUCGGACCGAUGUUUCCCGGCCUGGCGGCAUAUCCGCAAUUCGGACAGUUCCUCACCUAUCCCCAGGCGGCGCCCAGCCUGCUGGCCAGCAUGUAUCAGCGCUACAAUCCGUUUGCGCCCAAGAGUCCGGCUGCGGCGGCGGGCCUGCUGCCCGGCUGCCCAGUGCCGGGCCCCCCACCGCCGCCGCCGCCGUUCGUCAGCCCCGCCAGCAGCCAGGAGCUGUAUCAACGGCUGCAGUAUCAGCAGCUGCUGCAUCAGCAUGCCGCUGCCGCUGCGCUGGCGGCGCAUCAGAGGCAGCUGAGCGCGGCGUUGCCCACGGCGCCGGCGCCGCAGCCGCACAUGACGCAUCUUGGCCAGCCGCCCUCCUCGCCUAAUCUACAGCAGCAGGGGCAGCAGGGGCAGCAGGGGCACGGGGAGGCCAGCGCCCGUUCGCCGGGUCCGCAGCUGAAGCCCGUCACAGUUGUCAGCCGCAACAGCUGA